AUGCCGCCUAGAAACUGCCCCGAGGGCGAAGUGCAGCACCCCGCGGUCAAGAAGGUGUCCAAGGUGAAUGUGGAGGAGGAGGUGGUUCGCGUCCCCAAGGCAGCUUGUGUCGCCGUUCAGCACGGAGACCAUGUCAGUGCACAAGUUCCCACAGCUUUGUUGCGGGUUCCCUCGGCCACGAGCCGGUGGGCGGAGAUCUUCCGCGGCCGGGAGAAAGGCUGCAAGGUUUCCAGCUGCAAGCCGUUCAACCUUUGGCAGACAGUGCUAUCGCAGCAGUUGAUCCUGGAGCGGCAGCAGCGUCUGGCUUUCCCACAAGAGGUGCCCGCGCCGGUGACGCAAGAGGAGCAGGUCCACGUUCCUGAGAUCAUUGCUCAGACUCGUGAGAUCCACCAGCACGUCGAGCAGCAGGUGGAGGUGCCGGUACCCAUGAGCCAGGAGACUGUUGUCCACGUACCGAAACUCCUUACCCAGACACGGGUGAUGCGUCAGCACGUGGAGCAGGCCAUGACCAGCGCCGGAUCAGUCGUCAAGGGCCCGGUCCUUGCGAGCCCGAAGUACUUCGGUCCGUCUGCAGGACAAGCCCACGACGUUUCGAAUCCGAAGGUGGUGCCAGGCCUGGUCAUGACAAGGUCUGCUCACAUCUCCAACCUGCCCCACCAUCCCUACAUGCCGGGCCAGGGCUUCGUGCGCUUCCCGGCUACAGCUAACAGCUCCCAAUGUUCAGCACGUCCGAUGUACAUCGCGCGGCCGAUGACCACCGUGCAGAUGCCUCUGCAGGCACGAGCACGAGCGGUCCCGCCAGUCGUGCUUGUCCGGACCAUCCCAUCAUCCUUCUCACUGAAGCCGUCGACUUUGAUGUGA